ACCUUGAUCCUAGUAGAUCAUCCCGGUGGUUCAUGCCUAUGAGUACCAAAACACUGGCUAUCCUAAUAGACAGACAUGGAUAUAUUAUCACUUUGAUUAUUUUGUCCCUGGCAACUCAAGCAUUUCUUUAAAGAGGUAGGGGUCACAUUUAAUUUCAGGCUGCGGAAGUUAAGCUUGCUACAAAACCGCUAUUUAUUUCGUAGCCUACUCCUACCGGCAUCAUGAGUUCACGGGUAUGCAAGACUUGUGGAUGCUCAGACAUCGAUGUUGACCAAGCCCGCGGCAGUGCUGUGUGCAUGAGCUGCGGGUCUGUCCUGGAAGACAACAUCAUUGUGUCUGAGGUCCAGUUCGUGGAAAACAGCGGAGGGGGUUCGUCAGCUAUCGGCCAGUUCGUCUCAGCUGAUGGCCCAGCGAAGGCCCCUGUCCUUGGGAGCGGCUUCCAUACCAGCCUGGGAAAGGAGUCCCGCGCUCAGACGCUGUCGAACGGGAAACGGCAGAUCCACAACCUAGGCAGCCAACUGCAGCUGAACCAACACUGCCUGGACACGGCCUUCAACUUCUUCAAGAUGGUGGUCAGCAAGCACCUGACCCGCGGGCGCAAGAUGACCCACGUCAUCGCCGCCUGCCUUUACCUGGUCUGUCGCACAGAGGGCACGCCCCACAUGCUCCUGGACCUAAGUGACCUCCUCCAGGUGAAUGUGUACAUCUUGGGGAAGACCUUCCUGUUGCUGGCUAGAGAGCUCUGCAUCAACGCUCCUGCCGUUGACCCUUGUCUGUACAUUCCCCGAUUCGCACACAUGCUGGAGUUUGGGGAGAAGACCCACGAGGUUUCCAUGACGGCACUGCGGUUACUCCAGAGGAUGAAGCGGGAUUGGAUGCACACAGGACGCAGACCGUCUGGGUUGUGUGGUGCAGCCCUGCUGGUUGCCGCCCGCAUGCACGAGUUCCGCCGCACGGUAAAAGAGGUCAUCUCCGUGGUGAAGGUGUGCGAGGCCACGCUGAGGAAGAGACUCACAGAGUUCGAGGACACCCCCACCAGCCAGCUGACCAUUGACGAGUUUAUGAGGGUGGACCUGGAGCAGGAGUGCGACCCCCCCUCCUUCAUAGCCGGCCAGAGGAAAGUCCGAAUACAGCAGCUCGAACAGGAUCUGUCUCAGAAACUCGAUGAAUAUCAAGGGGAGAUCACCUUGUACCGCGACGAGAUCGAGACGGAACUGGAGAACAGCAGGCCCAAGCCUCGGGGGAUGUACGCUGCAUACGCCAAGGAAGCCACUUCAAGAACGGAGCCAGAAAGCGACCGGCUCUCCCUGAACCUGGGCUUUAUGGGAGGCGAGGAAGAAGAGGAUGACGAAGAGCUGGAGGCGGCCGCUGAGCACCUGGGCCAGGAGAUCAUCAGCCAGGUGCUGCCGGAGCUGAAGGGGCGUCCAAGCGCGGGGCAGGAGGAGGAGGAGGAGGAGGAGAGGGGUAGGAGACGCUGGAGCAGCAUCGACGGAGCCCCCAAGAGGAUGCACAUCCCCCUCAUCUCUAUCCUGGGGCCUCUGCCCUCGGCAUCCAGCCUGGGCCUCAAGGAGUGCAUCACCGACAACGGAGAGCACGAUGACAAGUCGGAGAGCGGAGAGCUCGACCUGGAGGGCAUUGACGAGGAUGAGAUCGAGAAGUAUAUCCUAAAUGAGAAGGAAGUGGAAGCUAAAACGGAGCUGUGGAUGAAACAGAACGAGGACUACCUGCGGGAGCAGAAAGAAAAAGAAGAGAGGAUCGCAAAGGAGAAGGAACUGGGGAUUUAUAAAGAGAAGCCCAAGAAAACAUCCAAGAAGCGCGAGCCGAUCCAAGCAAACACGGCAGAGGAGGCCAUCGAGAAGAUGCUGGAGAGGAAGAAGAUCUCCAGCAAGAUCAACUACGACGUGCUGCGGGACCUCAACUGCAAAGGCAGUGGCAGUGGCAGUGGCAGCAGCCCUUCCCACGCCUCUGAGGACGCAUCCACCACCAGCGCUGGGCACAAGAGGCUGACGCGACGCAAGAAGCAGCCCAGCAAGAGCAACCUCGGCCUGGCCAAGCCAGCCAGCCUCAUGGGCAAAAGGCUCAGACCCCUCAUAGCUUCCUCGCCCCAAAAGAAGAGAACUGCUUCUGAGGCGGUCACCAGUCCCCUCCCGUCCCCCACCGCUGCCGCCACCACCUCACCGGAGGCACACGCUGCUGCUGCCGUGCCCUCGUCCCCGCCGGUGCUGGAGAACGUGCCGGUGGAGUACGACGAGGCGGCCGAGGAAGAGGACGAUGAGGAGGAGGCAGAGGCCGAGGAGCCCUGCGUGAGCGCCAUCCAGCUGAUGGGAGGGAACGAGUAUGGAUGCGAUGCUGAAGAGGAGGAGGCCUUUUAGUCGCUGGUGUUUUUUUUUUAUUUUUAUUCUAUUCUAAUGAUAUAAGCUUCUUUAAUCCUCUUGCUCUCCUUGUGCUCCAUCUCUCAGUGUUUGGCUGAGACAGAGGACGAUUUCCAGCACACUGCCUGAGUCUCUCUCUGGAGACGCGUACAAGUCCCCAGGGUAGUGGUGACGGGUUUUUGCCCUCUCCGUGAUUGCACUACGACUCCUGGUUGGCUAGAUGAGAUUGGGUGUGCAAGUUGGUCUCUGCUUUGCAGCAAGUGGAUUGAGAACAAAUCUUUCGAAAAGUCUGCCGACAAAAUGGGACCAUUCUCAGAUGAAGCGAUGACCUUACAACCAGCUUGGAAAUGAAAUAACGAUUUUCAAUGAAUUCAGGAAUGACUAUCUAUGGAGGUAGAUUUUGUAUUCUACAGUUCAGGGAAUGUUGCAACACACACACACACACACACAGUUUAGCUUAGCUUAACUUGGCAAAAGCUACCUAAUGAAAUUUGUUUCCACAGAGAUGGCUUAUCCACAAAACCUAGUCCAUCACAACAGUGAGCAAUGAGUCAAAGCAUGUCUACCCGUGAAGCUAGAUCAGUGUUUGACCUUUCAGGGAAGCUGCACAAGAGGUAAGAAGGUAAGCAACUGCAGUCAGAUUUGUGGAGAUGAGGGAAGUGGUUCUGGAGGCAGAUAAGCAAUAGUGAGAAAGAAGAAAUAGUGGAAGAAGCAGAUAGGCUAGCAGUGCUGUCAGAUUUGUUUGAGGUUGUUUGUUGCUUAGCAACAGCAUCCCAAUGAAAUUGGAUCCAUAGAGAUACAGACAAGGCUCCGUCUAGAAAACCCAGUCCACCACAGUAAAGUCCCGGUCCACAGAACUCCACUGUAGUGUCCCCUGAUACGUCCUGUCCUCAUAGAAGACUUCCCUGCGUCUGCAGCUUCGUCUAAUCAAGCACUGAACUCCGUCCACAAUCAAAGUAAAAGGAAGCUGAUCAUAAUCACGCAGUUUCCCACAAUUACAGUCACCUAAAGGAACUACAAGAAGGAAACUCACCAAAAACCAAUGUGACACUGUAUACAUGUAUUUGGAAACCUUGCCAGAUGAUUGUUUGUGAUUGUUCAACCAUUACGAGGAAGAAAGCAUUGAUCCUGCAAAAGAGUGCAGGCACUUAAGGGUCAACGCAUGCAGUGGAUUCCUGUAAUUUUUAACCACAGAUUCAGGAUUGUUGAAAACAUGAGCUCAAGUCUUUUAUCUCCUUUUCACUUUUUUUAAGCCUGUAAAUAUUUUGUAGAGUAUCGUGUUGUAUUAAAGAGUGUUUAUCUGUGUAUGCCAGUUGUAAAUAUCACUGAAUGUAAAUUAAGUUUUGUUUAAAAAAAGCAUAGCUCUUUGUAUUAUGGUUAAUUUCACCCAUGCCACCAAAAAAGUAAUAUUUGUACCUUUUAUUUAUGAGUUUGUGUCACAUUUUAGAAUCAUUGUUUCUAUGUUUUCUACUGAAUGUUUUAAUGUUUUAUAGUUAUCUAAUUGUGAAACCUAUGGAUGGUUCAUGUCUGUCCAAUGUAGCAACAAGAUAAGCAGCUUUGUUUGUGAAGAGCGUUUAAGGAGCACCACUGGUCACCAUCCUGAAAACGAGGCAUUCCACAUGUUUAAAUAAACUUUCUUUUUCUAAAUGUCUCUCCCUCCUGA